CGCGGGUGCGCGCGCAGGGCUCCACGCCGGGGCUCGGCGCGCGGCAGCGGGAGGAGGGGACAGAGCCGCUCCUCGGGCUGCACCGGCAGCCCCGGCCCCGCGGGUGCCGCCCCGCCGGUUCGGCCCGGCCCGGCUCGGCUCGACUCGGCUCGGCGCGGCUCGGCGCGGCUCGGCUCGGCGGGACGGCGCGGGCGGCGGCUCCCAGUAAGAUGUGCCAUGAGCGGUCCGGCCUCGGCGGCGACCGGCAGCUGCGCGUAGCCCCCGGGCAGCAGCCCGCUCCCCGGCUACCCCUGGGGCCGUAGAGCCGCCCGGCGCCGCCGCCCGCCCCCGCGAUGCCCCGACUCUGGCCGCCGCUCCGCCGCCUGCUCUGGGAAUACUGGGCAGCGCUCCUGCUCGGCGGCCUCUGGGGCCCCUGCUCGCACGGGAUGCCGCACGUCAUCCGCAUCGGAGGAAUCUUUGAGUACGCAGACGGCCCCAACGCCCAGGUUAUGAGUGCCGAAGAGCAAGCCUUCAGAUUUUCUGCCAAUAUCAUUAACAGAAACAGAACUUUGUUGCCUAACACGACGUUAACCUACGACAUUCAGAGGAUACACUUCCACGACAGCUUUGAAGCAACUAAGAAAGCCUGCGACCAGCUCGCUCUCGGGGUCGUGGCGAUAUUCGGACCUUCGCAAGGCUCCUGCACCAACGCCGUGCAGUCCAUCUGCAACGCCCUGGAAGUCCCCCACAUCCAGCUCCGCUGGAAGCAUCACCCCCUGGACAACAAGGACACCUUCUACGUCAACCUGUACCCCGACUACGCCUCCCUGAGCCACGCCAUCCUCGACCUGGUGCAGCACCUGAAGUGGAGGUCGGCCACCGUGGUCUACGACGACAGCACAGGCCUCAUUCGGCUGCAAGAGCUCAUCAUGGCCCCGUCGCGCUACAACAUCCGGCUGAAGAUCCGCCAGCUGCCGCUGGACACGGACGACGCCAGGCCUCUGCUCAAGGAGAUGAAGCGGGGCCGGGAAUUUCGCAUCAUCUUCGACUGCAGCCACGCGAUGGCGGCGCAGAUCCUCAAGCAGGCCAUGGCAAUGGGAAUGAUGACCGAAUACUACCACUUCAUCUUCACCACUCUGGAUCUUUAUGCAUUAGACCUAGAACCAUACCGCUACUCUGGCGUCAACCUGACUGGCUUCCGGAUCCUCAACGUGGAGAACCCGCACGUGGCCUCCAUCGUCGAGAAGUGGUCCAUGGAGCGGCUGCAGGCCGCGCCCAAGGCGGAGCUGGGGCUGCUGGACGGCGUCAUGAUGACAGAUGCUGCCCUGUUGUACGACGCAGUGCACAUCGUCUCGGUGUGCUACCAGCGAGCCCCGCAGAUGACCGUCAACUCCCUGCAGUGCCAUCGGCACAAAGCCUGGAGGUUCGGUGGCCGCUUCAUGAAUUUCAUAAAAGAGGCCCAGUGGGAAGGACUAACCGGACGGAUCGUCUUCAACAGAACCAGUGGCUUACGGACAGAUUUUGAUUUGGACAUCGUCAGCCUCAAAGAAGAUGGGCUCGAGAAGGUCGGAGUAUGGAGCCCUUCGGACGGCUUGAACAUCACGGAAAUUUCCAAGGGACGAGGGCCUAACGUCACAGACUCGCUGAGCAACAGAUCCCUGAUUGUCACCACCGUCCUGGAAGAGCCCUUCGUCAUGUUCCGCAAGUCCGACACGGCCCUCUUCGGGAACGACCGCUUCGAGGGCUACUGCAUCGACCUUCUGAAGGAGCUGGCCAUCAUCCUGGGCUUCACCUACGAGAUCCGGCUGGUGGAGGACGGGAAGUACGGCGCGCAGGACGACAAGGGCCAGUGGAACGGCAUGGUCAAGGAGCUCAUUGACCACAAAGCCGACCUGGCCGUGGCUCCUCUCACCAUCACCCACGUUCGGGAGAAAGCGAUAGACUUCUCCAAGCCCUUCAUGACCCUGGGCAUCAGCAUCCUCUACCGGAAGCCCAACGGGACCAACCCCAGCGUGUUUUCCUUCCUCAACCCCCUGUCUCCCGACAUUUGGAUGUACAUCCUCCUCGCCUACCUGGGUGUCAGCUGCGUGCUCUUCGUCAUAGCCAGGUUCAGCCCGUACGAGUGGUACGACGCCCAUCCCUGCAACCCCGGCUCAGACGUCGUGGAGAACAACUUCACCCUGCUGAACAGCUUCUGGUUCGGGAUGGGAGCGCUGAUGCAGCAAGGCUCCGAGCUGAUGCCCAAAGCGCUGUCUACACGGAUCAUUGGUGGCAUAUGGUGGUUCUUCACCCUGAUUAUCAUCUCGUCCUACACGGCCAACCUCGCCGCCUUCCUGACCGUGGAGAGGAUGGAGUCCCCCAUCGACUCCGCGGAUGACUUGGCAAAGCAGACAAAAAUAGAGUACGGAGCAGUGAAGGACGGCGCUACCAUGACCUUCUUCAAGAAAUCCAAAAUUUCCACCUUUGAAAAAAUGUGGGCUUUCAUGAGCAGCAAACCCACGGCGCUUGUCAAAAACAACGAGGAAGGGAUCCAGCGAACGCUGACGGCCGACUACGCCCUGCUCAUGGAGUCGACCACCAUCGAGUACAUCACGCAGAGGAACUGCAACCUCACCCAGAUCGGGGGGCUGAUCGACACCAAAGGCUACGGGAUCGGCACUCCCAUGGGGUCCCCGUACAGGGACAAGAUCACCAUCGCCAUCCUCCAGCUCCAAGAGGAGGACAAGCUCCACGUGAUGAAGGAGAAGUGGUGGCGGGGCAACGGCUGUCCCGAGGACGAGACCAAGGAGGCCAGCGCUCUCGGCAUCCAAAACAUCGGGGGCAUUUUCAUCGUUCUGGCCGCAGGCCUGGUGCUCUCGGUCUUCGUGGCCGUGGUGGAGUUCAUCUACAAGCUGCGCAAAACGGCAGAGCGCGAGCAGCGCUCCUUCUGCAGCGCCAUGGCCGACGAGCUCCGGCUGUCGCUCACCUGCCAGCGGCGGGUCAAACACAAGCCGCAGCCCCCCGUCAUGGUGAAGACGGAUGCGGUGAUCAACAUGCACACGUUCAACGACCGCCGACUGCCCGGGAAGGACAACAUGGCGUGCAACACCGGACUGACGCCCGUGUUCCCAUAGGGAGUCGGACCUGGGGGUGGGUGGGAAGGAAUCGCUGCAGACGAGGCUGGUUGCACUCUUAACUAGGGAAGAGAGGAUUAAAAAUAGAAAAAAAAGAAAAAAAUAGAAAAAAGAAAAAAAAAGCCUGGUUUGGUUCAUUUCAAGAACAAGGCCUUUAGAACACACCUGCAUCGGUCACCGGCACAGAAGCAAGAACUUCAAAGCAUGGACUGCACCGUGGGUCUUGGGGCUUUUGUUUUAUUUUUGUUAUUUUUCUUUUUUUUUUUUUUCUUUUAAAGCUUAGACCCUACAAGCCUCAUGGGGUCCAAACACAUCACUGUCCACGAGUCCAAUGUUUACAUACUGAAAACACAUGGAGGCAGGACAGAACCGAGCCAAACCGCCCCUCGGCAGGGGAGCAGGAGCCCCAGAGCAAGGCUUCUUCAGCAUGGCAAUAAACAGGGACGCUGCGUCCGUGCAGGUGUGGCACGAGCAACGGUCCGAGCAUCCGCUCCCAGCUGACACACGCGGCACGUGCAGCAUACACGGUCCGGGAAGGGGAAGAUAUCUGUGAAAUGCUGUCAGCAAAGCCGUGCCUUCUCUCGAGCAGCCCCCGGCCCCUCGCCUCGGGCUGUGCCGGCUUGCGGCCGCCCGCAGCAGGACGUCCGCGUGGGCGCGGGGCGGGAGGAGGCUCGCAGGUACCUCCAAGACAGCAACCGGAGCGGCAGGCGAGCCAGCUCGGACGCGGACCAACUCCCAGCCACGGGAACGGGACGGGGGCGCGUGGGAACUGCUGCCAUCUCUGAGCAAAACCGCCCAAACGCCCUGCACCGAACGCCAGCCCCCGGUGACACCACGCUCUCCAGGUUUUCAGCUCCUUCACCGUCUCUGCAAAGGCCGCUCUCCUCUGCCCAGAGCUGCGUAAAGGAGCCACGUCCACAGGCUUCAGCAGCACCGAGCGAGCCAUUUCCACCGCUACUGAUUCCCAUGAAAUUCAGCAGCGCUGAACUGCGGCUCUGCUGCUUUCGCGCUCGAUCAGGAGAGGACUGUGUUUGUGCAGGAAUAAACGCUCCUCGCGGCACCGGAGGUUCGAGGGGGGAAGCCUCAGCCUGCCGGGCCAGGGCCGGCCCUGGGACAAGCAGCACUGUGGCAGCCAAACCCGACGCCCUGGCUGCUCUGCCCGGCGCAUCGGCAGCCCUUCCAGCAGCCUCCCACGGGGAUUCAGGCAAACGCACGCGAAAACGUUUCUAAGAAAUCUUCCAUGAACUGUUCUUAUUUUCAGGUUGCUCAACCCAGAAGGCUGGUCCUGCAGAUGGAUUUAGUCAGAGCUACCAAAGACCCCUCUGCUGAGCUAGGCGCAGUCCCGGACUGCCGCCGCUCGCUCCCACCCCUCCGCAGCAAGGGCACCCGGGGCCGGCGGGACACCCCGCUGACAGCUUUCUUCCUGGACGUUUGCAAAAUGAAACAAAGGGAAAUAGUUCUGCGUAUCGCAACCCGGAACAGCACGAGGACAGUAUUGUAAAGGCACUUAAAAGUUCUGAUUUAAACACUGGCGCUGAAGAAGACGGCACCCUCCUUCCUUUGCAAACACAGCGGCAACUGAGCCGCGCUGGGCUGCAGCACUGCCCGACAGCCGCACGCCUCGGCCGCCCGCUCCGGCGGCAGGACCAGCAGCCCCGGGCACCAGCCCCGCUCGGGCCGCGCAGCAUCGCCCCGUCGGCCGGGUCCGCAGCAAUCAGCAGCUCAACUGACCUAAUUUGCCUUCCCCUAACUGCAAGGCCUUUCUGGAAAGUUUGCCUUUGCCCAAAGGGACAAACCUGUUCAUAGCUGUUUAAGAUUCUCUUUCCCCACCUGUUUCUUUCUCAGAAGUAGCAAAUUAGCUCAAGGGGAGACAGCUUCCAUCAGGGAACACAAUUUGUCCUUGUUUUCUUUUUCCGUAAUGACAACAAGCAACACAGUGAUCUGAAACAUAAGGGUGGAUUUGUUGCAUUUUAACUCCAGCAACGACAUGCAGGGAAUUGAUGCUUAUUUUCACCUUCUUUCAUAUAAACCAUGAAAAAUUAGAGGUGAAAGCUGCCACCAACGGGCAUCAUAUUCCUAAUAAUUUGCUGACAAAAAAAUAAAGCUCACUUAUAUCCUUCCAACUUUCAGACAGGUUUUCAGCAGGACAGGCACAGAGCACAGUCUUUUCACAGACUCCUGCAAUGUAAAAAGAGAAGUUCAGCUCGAAUUUUAAGCUCCCAAUACUAACUGCUAGCUUGCCAAAAUCAAAAGUUUAACUGCAACAAAGCAGGAUUUUUUCCUUUGUCCUUCUCCCCGCUCCCCAGCAGCUCUCCCCCGCGCGCGUCCAUUCCCACAUCCCUGGGAUUGAGUCCAGAGCCCUUUUGUCUGAUGCCCAGAGAAACAGCUGAAUUCAGACCUGGGCUUGCUGCAAAGACUGGAGUCCACCCGCACCCACGCCUGAAAGCCACUUCAGUGAAAUACAAUCCCAGAGUAUGGAUUGGAAAAAAUGGGCCCGUUCCCCAAAACUAACAGCUUGCUUUCUGCACCUCUUUGCAGAUCCUCAGGCUUGCCGGAGUAGCAGGCUUUGUUUUCUUUACAAAUUUCUAAGCUCUUAAAAACAAAUUUUUACAAUCAAGGCAAACAAAAACAAAGCCUGUAACCGGCUUUAAAUGUUCUGGGAGUAAAAUACCAUGGAGGAUUGCAUCCAUUUUGCUUCUUAGUUGAUUUUUUUUAAACACAAAUAUUAUUAACAGCCUAAACACCAUUUCUUCACUUUUGACGCCAGUUGCAUUUGGUUUUACUCGUGUCCCCGAUGGACAGGUGAGCAUCUGGAAUUGCCAGUGCUACCAGCCAGCAAGAGAAACCUCUGCAGAUUGACCUUUUCCCUCCUCCCUCUCUGCACUGACAGCAAAUCAGCCAUGAAAUACUAGACAGCUUCAUACAUCUAUAUUAUGGUUUUAUAUUUAAGAUCCUGAUUAUUAAACACUUAACACAGUUAACCACAACGUAACGUUCUGCACAGCCGAAAGCCGCGCGUCCGGGCGGGAGAGCUGCCGCGCGGGGAGCAGACGCGCUCGGAGGGCUGCUCGCGCCCCCCGCCAGCUGCUGCUCCGGGGGGGCCGGGACGGUCUGACCGCUGCCGUCCCGCUGCAGAUCAGCGGCGGCUCCCCCAGAACGGGCUCCAGCUUCCUCCAUUGCCGCGAUGCCCUAAGGGACCGGAGUCUCUCCUGUCGCUCCCACCAGCCCGCGGGCUUCGCGCGGGAGCGAAGCAGCCAGGAGCGAGGGCCGGAGCCCAGCGGUGCUGCACGGGGAGCUGCCGGGAGGGGCAGGGGCCACGGCAAAGCCCCGAAGCCUUUUGCAAGCCGUUUGGUGAGCUGUCGGUGCCUCCUACCAACUCACACCUUAGAAACCACCCAACUUCCAACUUUGCCUAAAUCACUUCGGUUCUUUGCAUGGCAGGCGGAGGCAGUGAGGGGACAAAACCCAGGCAGCUUUUGGCUAUCAAACUGCACCAAAGCUGCUGCCAUUUCAGUUCAGGGUCCCCUUCUUUCACAGCGCUUGCCUUCUCCUUCCAGGUCUCCUGCGGGACAGGGCAGGGACGCGGCGGAUAGGUUUGUCUGGGUUUGCUUUUCCUUCUAAAAGAGCCAGCAGCAAGCGCUGGGUGAGACGCCGAGACCAGGGACCCGCAGAGAAACGACG